UCACAUGUACUGAACCAGGAGGAUGAGAGUGGAUCACCCGAGCCUCGUGAACAAGAGGCCUCCGGCAUGGUGGCCACUGCGGUCAACGAGGCACUCAUGAACGGCUCAAAUCGGGUCCUGGUGCAAGACAGCAAGAGCCAACUGUGGGCCUUCUACCCAGACGGGUCGAAGCAGCCCAAUGGAGAGCUGGCCUUUGUGAGGGGAGGAGGCGACGACAACCCUCACAGGGGGGCGCCACUACCCAGGUCCGGACCUGGGGCUGGACGCUUGCCCCGAUCGCAUCGUCGUAGAGAAGCAGAUGGGGGAGCCGAAGGGUCUGCGUGGCCUUCACGUUCGGCUGGUCGGCUUCCUGGUGCGUCAGGUGGCAUGGGCGGUGGCGGCGGCAGUGGUGGCAGGCCUCAGCUUGCCCUGGAAGUGAGUGAGCAGCUUGCUGUGGCCGUGUUGCGGCUGCAGCACACCAUGGACGAAGUGGUGGCACGCCUCGAAGUUCUUGAGACCCUGCUGCAGCAUGCCAAGGCACCACAGAACCAGCGCUGGUGGCUCUUCGGUGGUGUCGCUCCACACAUCCUUGUGCUCUUGUUUGCCUGGCCUGUGGUUUUUCAGCUUGCCUUCUACAUCCUCAGUCAUCGCAGAGGCAGACGUCUUAGAUGAACGCUGAACUCGAAGCCCAAACGGAUGCGACACAUAAAAAGAAAGGGAAUCUGUAUUCCUUACACACGAAAA